GUUUACAAAAAUUAAGUUCUAAGUUGUGAAUAGAGUUUUAGACUGUUUUUCGAAAAUCACCAGAGGAAUCAUCUUUCGAUUGAUUUUGAUAUCAAAUCUUAAAUCCAAUAUACUUAGAGUUCUAGUUUACAUCAUCAGAAUUAAACCCUAGAAUACACUUGCUUGGAUUUGGAAAGAUUGCUGUUGCUGUUGAUGGUUUAAUUUUCUGGGUUUUUGGCUUGGCUUUUGGUUACAUACAGAAGGCGCUUGAUUGAUGCUUUUGUAGCAGCCAUUAUAGUCAGUAUUAGUUGUAGAAUAUGGUCCAUUUCAAUGAAGAUUUUGUAGUGUUGCAUGGUAGUUCAUCAAUGGGUUGUUUGGUACUUGGCAGUGGCAGUGAACAAUUUUCAGUAAUCUUGACUAGAGAAAUAAGGGAUGAUUGAUUACCAAACGACCCAUAAGGCCAUAAAUGUAUCCCACCUAUGCGGGGUUUUGGGUGUGAUUUAUGCAAUAUUACUCCUUAUAAGUGAUAGCAAAGAGGUUGUUUUUGAUUGACCCUUAGUAGCAAAUAUGUUAUGCUACCUUACAUGAAUAAGAGUGCAUAUGAUUUAAUGAGUUAUUUUGAUAUGAUCAAUUUUAUAAUGAAACCAAAGAACUGCAAAUCUUUAGCCCCAUUGAAAACGGACAUAGUGCACUAAUUUUAUCAUGUAAAAGUUGAUUUUUGUUUUCCUGAUGUUGUUUCAGCUAUUAUAUUAGCCUAAGAGACUUUGCACACUUAGUGUGAUGGAAGUGUGUUGUUCCGAUACUAUAGUAGACUUAAGUGUCCCUUGGGCAAACUGAUCUGCAAUUGGUUUUUGCUAAUUCGACAAUUUGUAAGGCUUCAUCUUGGAGAAUUGUCCAAAUCUGAACUGUGAUGAAAAUAGAUGAUGGAGAAUAAAAAGAUAGUGUUGCUGGGAGGAUGAUCUUUUCAAUGGCUAAACAAUUCAUAUCAGAUUCACUUAAACAUUGUAAAACCUUCACACAGCUCCUUCAAAUUCAUGCCUAUGCCACCACUACAGGUAUCCUGACUCUGCAUCCAUGUUUCCUUCUUCCAAACAUUCUUGGUAAAAUUAGCCGCCUAGCUGGUUCUACACCUAUUGUAGCUUCUUCAACUAUGGCUACCUAUGCAGUUUUUGUCUUCAGCCUUAUAAGAUCACCUACUACUUUCUGCUACAACACAAUGAUGCGCAUUCAUAACCUCUUUUCUGCUCCUGCAUCAGCGCUUGUACUAUACAAAGAUAUGCGACGUGCUUCAGUCCCCCCUGAUUUUCACACUUACCCUUUUGCCAUUAAGGCCUCUUGUAUUCUCCGUGCCCCUUCAAUCGCUGCUUCCCUACAUUCCCUGACCGUGAAGUCUGGCUUCAUUUCUGACAUUUUUGUUCUCAAUUCCAUAGUUCAUGUCUAUGCUAUAUUAGACCGCCUCAGUGAUGCUUGUUUGUUAUUUGAGGAAAAUGAUCAUAAAGAUACCAUAUCAUAUAAUACGUUGAUUGAUGGCUUUGUGAAGGCGGGAAACAUUGAACAAGCUCGUCUGCUCUUUGAUAAAAUGGAUAAUCGUGAUGCUGUUUCAUGGGGCACUAUGAUUUCUGGGUAUGCUCAAAUGAAGGAAUGUCAGGAGGCCAUUGAUUUCUUCAAUUGCUUGCUUCAAUCAUCAACUGGAAUUCAUCCCGAUAAUAUUGCCCUUGUUUCUGUUCUGUCUGCCUGUGCUCAACUUGGAGAUCUGGAGCAGGGCAGAAUAGUUCAUGAUUAUGUAAUUCAGAAUGGAAUUCAAAUUGAUUCUUACUUAUUAACUGCCUUGGUGGACUUAUAUGCCAAGUGUGGCUGCAUUGAGGAUGCCGUUUAUUUAUUUGAAUCAAGCUCUAAGAAAAAUUUGUUCACAUGGAAUGCUUUGUUGAUGGGGCUUGCUGUACACGGCCAAGGCAAAGCAUGCUUGGAGUACUUCUCCAAGAUGAUAAAGGCUGGAGUUCGACCAGAUGGUGUUAGCUUCUUAGCAAUUUUGGUUGCUUGCAGCCAUGCAGGCCUAGUUUGUGAAGCUCGUAAACAUUUUCAAAAUAUGGAAACUAUUUAUGGAGUUCGUCAAGAGCUAAAGCACUACGGUUGCAUGGCUGAUCUAUUUGGACGUGCUGGUUUAAUUGGAGAAGCAUUGGAGAUGAUAGAAAAUAUGCCAAUUCAAGGUGACAUCUAUACUUGGGGAGCUUUGCUUGCAGGCUGCAGAAAACAUGGGAUGGUUGAAGUUGCAGAGGAAGCCGCUAAGCAAAUGCAGAAGUUGAAUCCUAAAGAUGGUGGGCUUUACUCGGUAAUGGUUGACAUUUAUGCUAAUGCUUAUAUGUGGGAUGAUGUAGUCAAAACACGGAGCUCUAUAAAGACUAGAAGGAUUAAGAAAAAUGCUGCUUGUAGUUGGAUUAAAUUGAACGGCAUUACUCAUGAGUUUAUAGCUGGUGAUGAUUUACAUCCACAAAUGGAUGAGAUAUAUAUAUCAUAUUGAGUUCUCUUGUAAAGCAUCAGUUUAAAGCUUCACAAUAGUAAAAACAAAACAAUGGCAAAGCGUCAUUCCCAAAUCCCAACAAUGCCAAUGCCUUAAUCCCCAAAAUCCCAAAGCUUUUGCGAUAGUAAAAGCUAACAUAUGUUGGCAACCUUUGGUUGAUUAUCUUUCCUGUUUUGGUCAAUCAAACUUUAUGGAACAUUUUGACCUUCUCCAUCUGACAGAUGCAACUGGAUAAUACUUCAAACUCCAAUCGAUGCUUUAUAUAUGUGAUGCAACAUUGGAAUAUGAUGAAGAAAAAGUCAUUUUUGAGGGAUUGAGGAGAUUAACAUCAAAUAAAAUGCAGUAAGCACAGAAGUUCUCUAGACUUUGUUUGGGUUGUCUUGUUUUUGAGUAUAAAGGGUUUACCACCAUUUUGUCUUCUGCAUUCUGCAAGAUAUGAUAUUGCUUCUUGAACCAUGUGUGCAUAGCUCAAGGCUUGAGACAUUUCAUGACCAUGAUCAAGUACAAAGUCAAGACAAAGACCAAGCAAUGAAGUCAAUAGCAACAUCAAGUUCUCAAAGCAACCAAGAACCGCAGCAAAUAGGGCAAAUAAACCAGAAAAACAUCCAAGAACCGCAGCAAAUAGGACAAACAACCGCAGCAAAUAAAGGGUCAAUUGCCAGCCAACCAUCUGCCUGCCAGCCUACCUUGCACCAUCACCUGAGCCUAAACCAGACAAGCCAGGACCUGAGAAACCAAGGAAACAACAUCUAUGUACAUGGACCAAGCCACCAAGGCCCAAGGACCAUGCUGAUAGUGCACGCAGCUCACUGAGGACCUAGCACAAGGAGGCCCAGUCAGCUGAUCAGGCAGCUGAUCAGAAUGCCUAUACCUAGCCUAGUUUCUGUUUCUAUUUUUAGCAUAUGAUGUAUGGCACGUGAUGUAAUAGGCAGUUAGAAAACUAGCCGUUGAGCAUAGAAACUUAUAUAUAGGAUGCUCCUCUUGUACAAACAGAGUUUAGAAUUCAUUCUUAAUAAUCAGAUUUCAUUUUUCACAAAA